AUGAACCCCGCCAACACAGUCUUCGACGCAAAGCGACUCAUUGGUCGUAAGUUCGCCGACCCUGAGGUCCAGGCUGACAUGAAACACUUCCCCUUCAAGAUCACCGACAAGGGCGGUAAGCCUGUCAUUCAAGUCGAGUUCAAGGGCGAGACUAAGGAGUUCACUCCUGAGGAGAUCUCCUCAAUGGUCCUCACCAAGAUGAGAGAGACUGCGGAGGCGUAUCUUGGCGGCACUGUCAACAAUGCCGUCGUCACCGUCCCCGCCUACUUCAACGACUCCCAGCGUCAAGCUACCAAGGAUGCUGGUCUUAUUGCCGGCCUCAAUGUCCUCCGUAUCAUUAACGAGCCCACUGCGGCUGCUAUUGCUUACGGUCUCGACAAGAAAGCUGACGGUGAACGCAAUGUUCUGAUCUUCGACUUGGGCGGCGGUACUUUCGAUGUGUCUCUCCUCACCAUCGAAGAGGGUAUCUUCGAGGUCAAGUCCACUGCCGGUGACACCCACUUGGGUGGUGAGGACUUUGAUAACCGCCUCGUUAACCACUUUGUCUCGGAGUUCAAGAGAAAAUUCAAAAAAGAUCUCUCCGCCAACGCACGUGCACUCCGCCGUCUCCGCACUGCUUGCGAACGUGCCAAGCGCACCCUCUCCUGUGCUGCUCAGACUUCCAUUGAAAUUGACUCCCUAUAUGAGGGUAUCGAUUUCUACACCUCUAUCACCCAUGAGAACCAGACUGCUACUAAGGAGGAGUAUGAGUCUCAACAGAAGGAACUUGAAGCUGUUGCCAACCCGAUCAUGAUGAAAUUCUACGGCGCCGGCGGCGAGGGUGCCCCAGGCGGAUUCCCCGGUGCUGGUGGGCCCGGCGGCUUCCCCGGUGGACCCGGAGCUGGACAUGCUAGUGGUGGCGGCGACGACGGCCCAACCGUCGAGGAGGUCGACUAA